AUGUCGAAAAAAAGGACAUUGGAUGCGUUCUUUGCACCAGCGGUGAAGAAGAGUCGCACAGAAAGUGAAUCAACUGAGCCGAUCGGGCGGUCGAUACAUCAUAACUAUCCUUGCCCCAUCUCAGAGUUGCCGCCUAGUAUCAGUAAAGAACUCUCAUCAUUGCCCGCACGCCCGGGUCGGGACAUCAAUGACCAGCCCGACCUUGACCUCGUGUACUUUGAGCCAUACGUGCCAUCCUACCUAGCCAAAGACCUUUUCGAGUUCCUCAGGGCUGAGUUGCCCUUCUACCGGGUCGAGUACGAUAUCAACCGAGGUGGUAUCAAGACUCACAUCCGCACGCCCAGAUGGACAACGGUCUUUGGCAUUGAUGGAACAGCUCGCUUCGACGAGGAUGGUUCAGUUAUAGAUGCCAAAUCAGGGUUCAAGAUCGAGGACAAGCUUUACGAGAGAUACCCGCCUCGUCCAAUCCCCAAGUGUCUCGAUGACCUCCGUCUCUCUACUGAAGCCGCAACCGACUGCAAGUUCAAUUUCUGCCUUGUCAACUACUACGCCUCCGGCACAGACAGCAUCUCGUUUCACAGCGACGACGAGAGGUUUCUGGGCCAGAACCCAGCCAUCGCCUCGUUCUCCCUGGGCGCGAGGAGAGACUUUCUCAUGAAGCACAAGCCUAUUCCUCCUGACCCAGAGAAUCCAGACAAGUCACCACCAUCGCAACUCAAGCUGCCGCUCGGUAGUGGCGACAUGAUUCUCAUGCGAGGCCGAACACAGUCCAAUUGGUUGCAUUCAAUACCCAAAAGAACCGGAAAGAACGCAGAGGACGGAGGAAGAAUCAACAUCACUUUCAGGAGAGCCAUGGUGAAGGAAGGUACUGAAAAUUACUAUAACUACAACGUCGGAACGGGGCCGGUGUAUCGGUGGGACAAAACGAUGCGAGAAAUGCGGGUAUCUUCCGCCAACAGCCAGCUCAAAGAACAGCAACAACAACUCUAA